AUGGGUACUCUAGAAAAUUAUUUAAUAGCCGUACGACCAUGGUCAUUUAGUACCAGUAUGAUGCCUGUUUUAUUAGGUAGUGCACUUGCUUACCCAUCUUUACGUGCCAUGUCAAUUAUUGUUCUUCUUCUUACUUCUAUAUCGGCUUUAUGUGUUCAUGCCGCUGCUAACCUAUUUAAUACGUAUUAUGAUUAUGUACAUGGUGUUGAUACUCCAUUAAAUGAUGAUAAUAAUAAAGAAAUAAUAAACGAUGCUGAUAGUGUUGAUGAUCGAACAUUAAUUGAAGGUUUACUUAAACCAAAUGAUGUUGUUCGUCUUGGUUUAUUAUUAUAUACAAUUGGUACAAUUGCUUUUCUUUUUCUGACAAAUUUUUCACCAGCAAAAGAACCAUAUUUGGCUAUAAUAUUUUUUGGAGCUUUACCACUUUCAUUUCUUUAUACAGGAGGCAUUGGUAAUUAUUUAUUUAUUUAUUUGAUUUUAAUUAAGUGUAAAAGCUUUAAAUAUAUAGCUCUCGGUGAUAUAAUUAUUUUAUUAGCAUUUGGUCCUAUUACAGUCGUUUAUUCGUAUAUGGCACAAGCAGGUCAUUAUAGUAAUUAUCCAAUACUUUAUGCAUUACCUUUAACAUUAAAUACCGAAGCUAUUCUACAUAGUAAUAAUACACGCGAUAUGAAACAUGAUAGAUCAGUUGGUAUAUUAACAUUAUCAAUAUUACUUGGUAAACGAUAUUCAUAUUAUCUUUAUUGUUUACUUAUUUAUUCACCUUAUAUAAUUAUAAUUUAUAUGAUGAUAUAUAUAUCAUGGUAUUGUUUUUUACCAUUAAUAACUAUAAUAUAUGCAUAUCGUUUAUGUGAAGAAUUUAAACAUGAUCAAUUAAUAAAAUUACCAAAUCGAACAGCACUAUUAAAUUUUUUACUUGGUUUUCUUUAUAUACUUUCCAUUAUAAUAACAAAUACAAUACAAAAAGAACAACAAUUUCUAUUUUGA